UCGAGACACUAUGGAGGAGGUUUGAAAAAAUAAAAUAGAAUAAAAGGAAAGGACAUGCGUAGAGUAACAGAGAGAGACAUUCUGUGAAAUUCCCUCCGUGCUUUCUUGGUACAAUAACCCAAAUGGAAUCCUUUAUGAAGCCCUGAUGGAGCAGAGUGCGCUUUAUAAUGCACAGCCGUGCGCACUACUACAUUUCCAACUAAUCAGAAGCGCGCAGUUGCAGAAAGGAGAGCGGUUGCCAAGGCAGCCACCAAUCUCCCCUCCCCCCUUCUCCACCCGUUCCUCUUUCCCGUUUAUUAUCGGCAGAGGUCGCAUGGCAGAGGGAAGUCCAAGCACUUCUGUACUGGAACCAAUGCAGGAAUAUGCGCCUCCACAACAAAGCCUGUGUGGAGUCCUGAGAGCAGAGGAGGAACCAGAGGGCUGUGUGCGCGUGUCCUGCAGCUCUGCUGUCAAUUUAUAAACCAGUUAAAACCCCAGACAAACAAACAACAACAACAGCGGAUUGAAGUUGGAUGUUUGGUGCUUCAUUGUUUUGUUUUGCAACGAGGAGGAAUAGUUUUGUCAAACACGUGCGUAUCCCUGAAAGGUCCCACUCUGCAGCUGUGACUGAGGACUGCGCAUCACCAGAGUUGCUGCCGAAGUUCGGCUGCGAACGGAUGUGAGGGAAGAAGAGUGGCCAAAGUAGAACUCCCCCUCUCUUCUUCGUUUUCUCUUUUCCCGUCUUCUACUUUUUUUUUCUGCUGUGUUUGCUGCUGACAAGACAAUAGUUGAGUCAAAGACGCUGAAAGUGAUUUCAUGCCUUCAGUCUCGCCCAACCUGAGAUGGACGUGAGAUUUUAUCCUGCACCCCCGGCAAAUGUGGGUUCAUGCUCUCUACCGACUGAUCCAAGUUGCCUGAGCUCGCUGGACUAUUAUCACACGAACAAGGCCCAGUACAGUGUGGGUGAACGCGCAGUUAGGCUCCACACUGCCCCCUCUCCAGGAAUCAGUCCUGCUAGGAAAAGACUGCCCAUUGCUUUGUUUGAUGGUGACAACAUGUAUAUGAAUGACAGUAACCAAGAGUUUCGGUCACCGAACCAGAACUACUCCAGUCAGGGCAGAGGCAGCAGUGGCAGUGGAGGAGGAGGCGGCGGUGGAGGAGCAGGGGACGAAGACUACGAGAUCCCUCCCAUCACACCUCCGAACCACGCUGACCCGUCUCUGCUGCACCUCAUGGAGCAUGAGUCAGGGUAUCCUUUCCAUUCUCUGCCUCACAAUGGCCUGCUCAACACCUACUCCUACCCUGAGCUGCCCGCCCUCAUGAUGUCCAACAUGCUGGGUCAGGACACCCACCGCCUCUCAGGGCCCAUGCACUCAAUAAGCAGUGAAAAGCGAGCCUCCGCAGAAAUGAUGAAGCCCAAACCCAAACCUCAGAAGAAGAAGAAGAAGAAGGACCCCAACGAGCCGCAGAAACCCGUGUCGGCUUACGCCCUCUUCUUCAGAGACACCCAGGCAGCCAUCAAGGGCCAGAACCCCAACGCCACCUUUGGGGACGUCUCCAAGAUUGUGGCCUCCAUGUGGGAUAGUCUAGGAGAGGAACAGAAGCAGGCAUACAAGAGGAAAACUGAGGCAGCUAAGAAAGAGUACCUGAAAGCCCUGGCCGCGUACCGAGCCAGUCUGGUUUCCAAGACAUACAACGACCCUGAACCAAAAAGUGCCCAGCAGACUAGCCAGUCCUCCCACCUGCUUCCUCCGAAGCAGCCACUGUACAGCGUGCCCCCCCAGCCCUCCUCUCCAUACCUGGGCCCACCUGGCUCCUUCCCUCUCUCAGACCUCCAAAGCUACGCUGGGCCGCCCCGUCACAGUCUGGCUCAGACCCUCAGCCAGUCUCAGAUGCUGCCACCCAGCAUGAGUGCCUCUCCCCCGGCUCCUUUCCAGAUCAGCCCACCUCUGCACCCUCAUGCCCAGCUCUCCCUGCACCAGAGCUCCCUGCUCAACCAGCCAAUCCACAUGCAGCAGUCACAGCCAAUCAUCUCACACCAAAUGGGUCUCCAGGCGCCUCUGCACUCCCCUCCUCUCAGCCAACAGGGAUUCUCCCACAUCCAGGCUGAUUAUCAGAACAGUGUCGGGAGCUCACAGUCUCCAGGGGCUCCUAACCCGGUUCAUGGCCAGAACCCUGAAUGGGACAGUGAGUACUGCAACAGGGACUGUGGACCCAACCACUGCAGCAGUGGAAUGGGAGCCCGGGACAAGCCUCUCUACCUCACUUGAAGUUGAAAGACCUCCAAAUGUCAGACUCCUGGGAGCUUACCAACAUUACAACAAUGUCAUCGAUGUAUCUAUUUUUCUUUUCUGAUGGAUUUUGAAAAUCCCAAAGACUGCAACAGUAACUUCACCUUUUUGCCAAGCACUUAGAUCGGCCAGAAGCCUGAGGCAUUUCUCUGGCUUUUUUUCUUCUUCUCUUUAUCAGUGAACUUUCCAUUUUAUUUGCGGGGCAAAGAGCUUUGAGCUCCUGCCAGCAUACUGGAAAUGAAGACCAAAAAAAAUAAGUCUUCUCAUCUCAUUUAAAAUUUUUUAAAGAUGUUUUCUUUCCUCCACACUCCAUUACUCCGUGUUUGUCAUGGACUGCCCUCAUUGGGGAGAUGAAAUGCUCCAAGCGUACUCUAACCGUGGGGGUCUUCAGUAAAAAGCUAAUGCCGGAAACUAGGAUAUAGUCACAACACCGGGGGAAAGACAGACUGAGACACCCUGGCUGAAUAAAAGCAAAGCAAUGUUUCAUUAAAGAUAGUCACAAACACGUACAACAUUUGUAAAUCAUCCGUGCUCCAGUUAAGGAUUUUCUCAUUUUCCCUUAUUUGUCACAGAGUGAUUGUAAAUAUCACCCAAAUGGAUCCCUCAUAUGUGUGUAUCUAGCUGAAGUCCCUUGCUUCCUUAUUUUUUCGACAUCCUUUCUUUGUUUGGUUCUGUGAUUUCCAGUGCAGGUGGACUCAGUGAGGGCAUACACACACUAAAACUUGUGUUUAAACUAUGUUCACUGGUCUGGUUUCUCUCCUCCGAUGAUGGAGAAGUGCAGAGACGUAAAAAGCUCCAUCUCCCUCCCGAGUGAUGGGAGAACGAGGGCGUUGCUCUCUACACACGGCCGUUCACAGGACGUUAUGAAAAUUUGAAGAGGUCAAAGGUUGAAACCUCUCCUUUAAGCCCCUCCUCCUUCUCCCCCUCCACCUUCUGGUCAGGAAGGACCCUCCUUUCCACCUGUAACCCCAACCCACAAUCCUUUUAGUCCUGGCACCACUUGUACAGGUGAAUUAAAAAAAAAAGUUGCUAAAUGUGAAAUGUUACUAAAGAAAAAAAAACAUAACAGUGGGUUUUAAAAUUUUUGACUAGUUUUAUUAGAUGUUUUAGAAUUGUGUUGAACUCAUCUUUAUCAUUUUUUGUGAGAAAAAAAAUUUAAUAUUUUGUUUUUCACUGUAGCAGGAUUUUGCUUUUUGAAAGGAUGGUCAUGGGGUCGAUAUUAUUAUUAUUAUUAUUAUUAUUAUUAUUAUUAUUAGUUUCUUUGUGUACAAACCUGCUAAAUGUACUUCUUUGAUUUGUGAAACCAGUGAUGAAAAAAACUUAUUAUUAAUAUCAUAUUGUGUAUUUUACAAUAUGGUCAUUCUAUUUAAUUCGGUUGCAGGUUUGAUUUCUAUUUAAUAAAUGAUAUGAAGUAACAAUUUGGCUUAUUUUCAUCAGGGUGAAUUAUUAUAAUUAUGACUAUUAUUAAUAUUAUUACUGCUACAACAACAUGACUAUUACAAUAAUACAUAUUUUUUUCAGAAUUUGUCGUUGGCACACUUACUGUGGGUCGGCAUUAGAUUCAUUAUGUGUCACAAAUAUUCUUUUGUUUUCUUUUGUCUGUAAUAAAAUGUUUAAAGUUAAGAAGUGGA